GAUUUCAGAGUGUGGACAUCAUAACCAACAUGACAAAACUUACAACAGGGUCAUAGGUAAGAACUAACAUCACGAAGAGCGUUUGGGAUUUUACAUUUUCAUUUUUGGUCACUCAGGGCUCCGUGCGUAAAAUGCGCAUUUGGUGCAAUCAACAGGCAACUAGAUAGACCAAAGCCAUUUUGCCUGAACAUGACUGAGGAGACGAGUAAGUCAUUCAACGACCAUCCAUGUAGUCCAACGGGAACCGUCAGCUCGAUGUCGCAGGACGACUCGGAUUCAGACGUCCCGUCCUCUCCAACCAGCUCCGAUGGACAGGCGCCCAGCGACGGGAUAACCCCAAAACUGGACACCAGCGAGGAGGAUAAACGGUUUCCCGCGUGCAUCCGAGACGCGGUGUCUCAGGUACUGAACGGAUACGACUGGUCGCUCGUACCGAUGCCUACACGAGGAGAGCGGUCUCUGAAAAACAAACCCCAUGUGAAGAGGCCGAUGAACGCGUUCAUGGUGUGGGCGCAGGCGGCGCGCAAGAAACUAGCUGACCAGUACCCGCAUCUCCACAACGCCGAACUCAGCAAGACCUUGGGGAAGCUCUGGCGCCUGCUCUCUGAAAGCGAGAAGAGGCCAUUUAUGGAGGAGGCAGAGAGACUGAGGGUGCAACACAAGAAAGAUUACCCUGACUACAAAUACCAACCUCGGAGAAGGAAGAGCACCAAGCCAGGUCAGAGUGACUCCGACUCCGGGGCUGAGCUGGCCCACCUCCACCCGGGCCAGAUGUACAAGGCUGAACCUGGUCUGGUAAGACUGACCUCCCUGGGGGAUGGGCAUCAUCCAGAGCGGACAGGUCAUCCACAUGGUCCCCCCACACCCCCCACCACCCCCAAGACAGAGCUGUAUCUGGGGGUGAAACAUGAUGGCCGGCGCCCCCUGGACAGCGGACGGCAGAACAUCGACUUCAGCAACGUGGACAUCUCUGAGCUUAGCACCGAUGUCAUCAGCAACAUGGAGGCCUUUGACGUCCACGAGUUCGACCAGUACCUGCCAGUCAAUGGGCACAGCUCCACUCCUGCGCCUCCGGACCACGGGCACGGGGGGCACGGAUCCAACCCCCCCUCUGGCUCCCUCAGCUCCUCCUUCGGCCACUCCCACAGCAAUGCCUUGGAGGCGGCGCUCCCCUCUUCCUCCUCGCCUUCUAGUAACAGCGAUGGCGUUCACCACAGAACGCAGAUCAAAACGGAGCAGUUGAGUCCCAGCCACUACAGCAGCCAGCACUCCCACAGCUCCUCGCCACCCCACCCUGACUACACCCCCAUCAGCUCUGGAAGCUGCCCCUCCUCUGCAGCCUCCUCAUCUUCAUCCUCCUCCUCCCUGCCCAGCCCCCAGUGUGACUAUGCAGACCUCCAGAGCCCCAGCUACUACAGUGCCUACUCCAGCUACCCCGCAGGUCUCUAUCAGUACCCCUACUUCCACUCCUCUCGCCGCCCCUACAGCAACCCGCUCAUCAACAGCGUGGCCAUCCCUCCGCUCCACAGCCCCACCACAAACUGGGAGCAGCCAGUCUAUACCACACUCUCCAGGCCUUAGAUUCGGCACUGACUGCCUAUGGUGCCUGACAUGGCUUUCACAUAGUCUAUGGGCUUCUCCUGUUUGUGCUGUGUUAGUGAGGACAUGACACAAGGGUCAAGGUUGGACAUUAUCUAAGACCAAGUGCCUGCUGGUUUUGUCAGAAUGGACAGAGAGUCUCUACCCACAAUCAUGCAUGAACCUUCUGUGAGGAAAAUGUGGACCACACUUCUGUUUUGACCACAUCAUGAAUUAAUACACAUCUAUAUUUACUUUUACUUACUUAUGUUCAACCCUUUAUCUCAGAUUGAAUAAUUAUUAUAACGUUCAAAUAUUAUGUUUGUAUUUAUGUUUUAUAUUAACAUGUUUUAUUUUGAAUGAACAAUCCAGCUAACAAAUUCACCAACCUAAUAGUAAUUCCACUUCUUAGUUACUGUUCAUCACUCCAGUGCAGUUCCAUUCCUUGUCAGAAAAAGAGCCAUAGACUUUCACUCUAGGCAACAGGUGUUCAAUUCUGUUUCCUGCAAAUCGAGAUUACAAGAUUUCAGGGUUGAAGGAUUUUAGUAAAACGAUCUACCAUAUGCUGUGAUUGACUGGACAGCUGGACUGAGGACAGAAACGGCCAUACUCACCCUGUAGCAUGGACCGCUAAGCCCUGUGCAUCUGCUGCACUUGUCAACCUUUGAAGAAGACAUAUUCAUUCCAGCACAGCAGUUCUGUAUGGAUGAAGGCUGAAAUGGCUUGUCUUUCUGAAUAGGAAACUCCAAAAAACAUGGCGAGACUGCCCAAUGGGCAAUCCAGGUUUGAUUAUUUGACUUUUAUGCUUGAUAUGUUGACUGGAUUAUUUGUGUGCCGGCUCUAUGAUAACCAGCUAAUAUAUAACUGCUGCUUGUAAAUGUUUGAUAAACUUAGUGUGUGUGACCACACAUUUAUGCUGUUUUAUGUUUACCUUUACGAUUAAAUAACAGCAUUGCAGAGUGUUUUCACCAACAACGAAUUCGGCAGGAGAAGUUCCUCCGCCAUCCAUUUUCAACAAGGGCACGCAGAGAAAUGUGCCUGGGAUUGUGGGAAGGUGAGCGGCGAGAACCCUGCUAACGGAGUGGUAGAAAAAGUUAAGCUCUGCUCUACUUUAUGCAAAUUUCAAGCAGAGUGAAGCGUUGUCAAGAGGAAGCUUCGCCUCUGGUCAAAACUCACUGUACGAACUCAUGCAGAGCCGAUAAAUACGUUGGCCCACACACCUUUUUCUGGUGGUUCUGAAUAUUUUGGCAAAUGACAUAUAAACUUAACGUUUUUGAGUAGUUGGGCAGUUUCUUGAAGACAAGAUGGAUGCUUGCCAUGCAGUUACUGAGAGUGGGCAUACUACCAAGUGUGUGUGUGUGUGU